AUGCAGUCUAUGCGGACGGCGACGCAGGUCCCGCCAUCACAAGUUGCUCCUGUUCCCUCUUCCUCGGGACGACUGAAGUACGCCGAACCACGAGAUUUACCUUCGUUUCCUUCAUCUGGGCUGCGUAAGGAUGAUGCAGCAGCCAGCGCAGCCGCUUCUUUAGGCUGGGCAAACCAGAAACCGGCCACGCCCGUUACUGGUCAAAAUAAUCAGAGGAGCACUCCCGCUGCAUCUGCCGCAGCCGCACUGCUCGCGAAAGAUUCCAAACCUGUUCAACAGUGGUCGCCAGCAAAGAACGAUACGGGGUCCCAGGCGGCUAUUCUUGCUGCAGCGAGGAAACAGGACGUGUCACCUGUGUCUUCUAACCCAUCUGUUAACUGGGGAAAUUCGGCUGCCAACCAAGCAUUCAAGGCAAAAUCUCUGAAGGGCGUGGAACUAUCUGAAAGUCGAGAUAUUUCUCGAAGCGGCUCGCUGCGGGCUGCCAAAGACGCGAUGGGACGCCCUCGCGCCGUCUCUAGCCCUGGGCCGAAGUACGCGGCACAGCAAUCGACAGACAACAGGACCACCAACGCUUUGACUGCUGCAACGAUGGCACAUAGGAGGACUACCAUGACGGGUGUCGACAGGGAAAACAACCCGGCAGGUUCACCCUCGUUUAUGAACAUGAACCGGCAAAUGUUUACUUCGCACCCACCUGUACAAAGCAGUGUGGAUGAGCAGAAACACAAUGAUGUAUUGCACGCUUCAGCCGUCGCGAUGGCAAAGCGAAUGUACAAUAAUCAGGUGCAUCAGCAGCAACAACGAGACGCCGAUGCCGCGGCAAAGUUAGCGCAGAAUGGUGGCGAAUCCAGCAGCCUAGACGCAUCGGCGGCGUCUACGCCACAAUUCACCAACCUUCAGGAGGCGGCGUACAAGCUCGCCCAGGAACGUCUGUCUAAACUCCAAGAAGAGCACGACCGGGCACGACGCAACUGUCACGACUAUUACGGCGCAUCCGCGUCAUCGGCUUCGUACAAGCGAUUUUUGCCCAAAAACAAGCUUAGGCGGCGGUCUUCCAGCGAUGGUGACGCCACCAAAGGCUGGGAAUCGUCUACAAGACAAAGGCGAGCAACGAUGCUUGCCACAAAGUUACCCCGGCAGCAACAAGACUUAGGGGUAGUUGACGAGGAGAAGCGUCAACGUGAUCGUGAGGCGCUGCUUUCCGCGGCCAGGCGUAAUGUGCGUGCACAGCUAGAGGGCAUAGACCGUAAGGUGAUUGCAGAGACAGGUAUGGUAAGCCCUUCAAUGAAGGGUGAGUGGGAAGCCAAGGCCCAAGCCCUCGCUCGCGCCAAGAGUCACCCCGAGUUCAUGGUCGCCACAACGCCUGGCGGUAGUGCGCUGGGUAUCGAUCGGAAUGUCAAUGGGACGCGCAUGGCACCAGCCGGCAAGGUCGACAUCGGGGGCGGCAAGUACAUGGACCAGUCCGAGAUCGAUGAGAUUGCCGCGCGGAGGGUACAACCGUUCUUGGAUGAGAUCAACGAGAAGGCUGAGAAAGAGCGCGAGAGGCUUGCUGCAAUCAAGGCAGAGCAAGAUGCCAAACGGGAGGCUGAGGAGUUAGAGCGGGCUAGAGAGAGGGAGGUCAAGGAGCUUCAUGACAAGAUCAAGGGUCAACAAAAGGAACAAGAAAAGGCUCGAAAGGAGGAGAUCAAGAAGGAGGAGCGAGAGAGGAAACGACUCGAGAAGGAGGCCAAAAUGGAGCAGAAGCGCGAUUCGAAAGAGAGCCAAGGCCACAAUCACUUCCUAUCAAAGAAGGCCACACAAAAUGACCAGGACGACCCACAAGACCCGACCGAUAUGACUUCUUUGAGCGCAGGACAAAAAGAUAAUCCAACAUCCACACCCCAACCGGCAGAAGAUAAAAACGAGAAGCCGAAUAGGGGUCGGUCGCUGCACCUCCGACUUCCUAGCAUGCCGCUUUCAUCAAAACCCAAGGACAAGGGCAAGGAGCGCGAGCGCGAACCUCAUUCGGCCUCGGCGGCCUUGCCUUCCCAAUUGCAGUCGCCGGUGGACGAGAGUUCUCCGACGUCGGCCAAGGUCAAAAACUGGCUCAAGUCCCGCUUCCGACCAAGAGCGAGGUCGAGCGUUGAACAGGGCACGUUCGGCUCGUCGGCCAGAAAGGGAGGGUUUAUCGGUGGUGCAGCCCUCGCCGCUCAACACCAGCGGGCCGCCAGCGAUGGCUCAAGGACAAGCAUCAAGGAGGAGAGCCUGAGGGAGGUGGCUCUCGCCGGUCGGGAUGGCGGCGGCGACCAGGGGACUCUGGCGCGGACGGCCACUGGCGCCUCUUCGACUAUAUCAGGUCAGCAGCCGAGGGUCAUCGGGGCCAGCAGUGUCGUCAGCCUACCCAGCACAUCACAGAGCAUGGUGAGCAGCCUGUCAGUCAGCAGCAGCAGCACGCGGACCGGUAAUGGGGAUAACUUUGUGCUAGCCAAGGACCACUUCAGUCCGACCCCGACAGCAGGAGCCACAGGGUCAUCACCGGCGCUGCUGUCGCUGCCACCCAAGCUCAGAGACCCUACGUUGAGAGCCAGCAAAUCCGGGAGUCCGGUUCGGGACUCGAGGUUUUUGGAAAUGAUGGAUAACUGA